GAUCGAGGGUUUGAGGUCAGUGAUUCACAACUUUAAGGCCAACAACGUCUGUCCAAUGACCUGCCUGAAGAAACAUUGGAUGAGAAUGUGCUUCCUGACCAACGUGAAUGGGAAGAUUCCUGUGAGAGGCAUUACUCGAACAUUUGCAUCAGGAAAGACAGAGAAGGGGAUCUUUCAGGCUUUAAAGGAUCUUGGCCUUCCGAGUGGAAAGAAUGACGAGAUUGAACCAGCAGAUUUCACUUUUGACAUUUUCUACGCGCUCACACAGAAGAUCUGCCCUCGCACAGACAUCGAGGAGCUCUUCAAGAAAAUCAAUGGGAACAAAAGUGAUUAUUUAACUGUAGACCAGUUAGUCAGCUUUCUGAAUGAAGUAAGCUCUUUAUCAUUCAUUAACUUCUCUGUGUUUUGCUUGUGACCCUCUCUGCGUCCCCCCCUGAUCCCGCUCUGGGUGGAAGUUGCCCUCCAGCGCAGACUGCACAUCAAACGACCCUCAUUAAAAGU